AUGAGGGUUGCAGUACAGGGCAGUGGAGAAUACACACCAUUACCUAUUCGUGGUGUGUCUGCAGGUCAUCUGCCAAGUGUGGCCGAAGGCGGUGGAGUGGGUGGAUGGCCGAUGGAGGGGUGUCGGCUGCGUCCACAGGAGAACUUCAACGUGGUGGUUCAACACGACCUGAAGGAGUUGGGUGAAAACACGUUGAUCUGUGUCGUCUCAUACGUGGCUCGUGUUCCAUCCUCCUCCAUCGCUGUGUCCAGUUCUCUUCCUCAACCACCCUCUCUAACCGGUCUUCAGCAGCCGACGACAGCGACUGUUGGAGCCUCUUAUGGGACAUUGAUUGGCGAUGGGAUGGAAUUAUUUGAAAGUGAACGUGACUUUAUAAAUACAGUGCGAGUUUUGUGGCACCGAGAAAAAGAAACUACAUCCUGUAAGGCUCUUAAAACCGCUUAUAAAGUAAGGCGACCGAUUCAUGCUUUCUUGGAGUAUGAGGUGAAUGGUCUAGAACCAGGCGAAUCCAAAGCGGUGGCAACUAGAGCGGAACUUUGGGUUGGUUUACGGCUUAAGCGCUAA